UGUACAUUACAUUAACAUACAUUUAUAGAUAUAAUUUGUUCACAAGAAACACUCAUCAACUAAAACUAGUUAAUUAAUGCUUGUUUGGUUAUGGCUGAUCAGCAGCGAUCUGGCCACAACUCUUCAGAUUCUCGCCGGAAAUCAGCAGCCGGGAGACGAAACUCACAACAUACUACGACGUCAUCGUUAGCUUCCAGCGGAGGAGCAAUGGCGACAGCUGCAGCGACGGGGACAGGAACGGUUUCGCCUUGUGGGGCUUGCAAGUUCUUGAGAAGGAAAUGUGUUAGUGGAUGCAUUUUCGCUCCACAUUUUGGGUCGGAACAAGGAGCGGCUAGGUUCGCGGCGGUCCAUAAGGUUUUUGGAGCUAGCAAUGUGUCGAAGCUGUUGCAUCAUAUUCCGGUGAACCGUCGUCAUGACGCUGUAGUUACGAUUUCAUAUGAGGCUCAAGCUAGGCUCUCUGAUCCUGUAUAUGGAUGCGUCUCAACUAUCCUUGCUCUCCAACAACAGGUGGCCUCGCUACAGGCGGAGUUAUCAGUGGUGCAAUCACAGCUAAUAAACAGCAGAGUAGCAAUGGCUAACGUUAUGCAACAACAACAAAAUCAUCACCAACAACAACUGGUCGUCAUGCAACAACCCGAAUACUCCAACAACUCAUCAGCCUCCACCACUCUUGCCGGAGCCGCCAUUAACAGUUUCUCUGCGACGGCAGAAGCAGCCGCAGCCGUCAGCUAUGACGUCAUGGUUCCUGCUAAUUUAGAACAUUCGUUGCAGCCUGUGCCACGGCAUCAGCUAGGUAGCGGAAAUCAACAUGAAGACGAGGAAGAGAGCGGUACUGAUUUUUCGGUGGCUGUUGGAUCGACGGCGUUGGCUGCGGAGGUUAUAUUUCCGGCGGAGGGUUUUCACCGGAUAUGAAUAUAUAACUGGCAUGUUUAAGUAUAUAUCUUCCUCUUUAUAAUGUAUUAUGGUAUCUACAUACGCACGUAUACAGUGUAGUGGUAUACCAGAUAUAUGAAGACUUGAUGUGAAAUA